AUGGCUUUGCUAGCCUCGGGCUCCCUUGCGUCCUCUCUAUCGGAACUAUGUACCGUCUCGAACCUGAAAGCUGCGCUGCCCUCCAAUGGAACCCUCCUGGGGAUCGAUAUGAUCCCAUCUACCAUCACGGUGUCCACGGCGGUCUACAACGCCAGUGCCAGCAUGGGAGGCGGCCCAAUGAAGCGUGAUACCGAUACUUACAACUACUGUAACGUCACUGUCGCGUAUACCCACGGUAGCAAGGGUGACACAGUCAACCUCAAAUAUGCCUUCCCCGAUCCCAAAGACUUCAAGAGCCGGUUCUAUGUUGCAGGCGGAGGUGGCUACUCUCUCAACACUGAUACCACUGGCGGCCUCAAGUACGGAGCUGCCGCAGGAGCCACUGAUGGCGGAUACGAUGCUUUCAACUACAGUUUCGAUGAGAAAUUCCUUCUCGGCAACGGUUCCGUCAACUGGGAUGCGACAUACAUGUUCUCUUACCAAGCUCUCGGAGAGAUGACCCAGAUCGGAAAGCACAUCUCCAGGAAUCUGUAUGACAUGUCAAAGUCCAGCAAGGUCUAUACCUACUACGAGGGCUGCUCGGAUGGCGGGCGAGAGGGAAUGAGCCAGGUUCAGCGAUGGGGCGACGAGUAUGACGGUGUCAUCGCUGGAGCUCCUGCAUUCCGCUUCGCGCAGCAACAAGUCCUGCACGUCUACCCUGCUGCCGUUGAGCACACACUUGACUAUUAUCCCCCUCCUUGUGAGCUCAAGAAGAUCGUCAACGCCACUAUCGAAGCCUGUGACGAUCUCGAUGGAAGGAAAGAUGGCGUCAUCUCCCGAACAGAUCUUUGCAAAAUCCACUUCAACAUCAAGUCGCUCAUCGGCAAAGAGUACUACUGCGCAGCUGAGACUAGUUCUUCACUUGGCUUUGGGUUCAGCAAGAGACAGGCUCCCGGCAGCAAGACGAGCAAUGCACCAGAACAGAAUGGUACGAUCACUGCUGAGGGUGUUGCUGUUGCUCGAGCUAUUUACGACGGUGUCUUCAACAGCAAGGAAGAAAGAGCGUAUCUGUCUUGGCAGAUUGGCUCUGAGCUAUCUGACGGUGAGCCAACAUACGACAACAAAACCGACAAGUGGACUCUGAACAUCCCCUCUACUGGUGGCAUGUACGUUGCAAAGUUUAUUGAGCUUCUUGAUCUCGAUAACCUCGAUAACCUCAACAAUGUCACGUACAACACUCUAGUUGACUGGAUGAACACUGGUAUGGUCCGCUACUAUGACAGUCUGCAGACCACUCAUCCCGAUCUCACAACCUUCAAGGAAGCCGGCGGCAAGCUCCUCCACUACCAUGGUGAAUCCGAUCCUAGCAUCCCAGCCGGUUCUUCCGUUCACUACUGGCAGUCUGUCCGAUCCAUCAUGUAUCCAAAACUGUCUGAUGAGAAGGCACAGAAGGCACUUUCAGAAUGGUACCAGUUCUAUCUCGUGCCUGGAGCAGCUCACUGCGGCACGAACUCUCUUCAGCCAGGUCCUUAUCCUCAGAACAACAUGAACGUUAUGAUCGAAUGGGUUGAAAAUGGUAAGCAGCCGUCGAAACUUAAUGCUACUGUCUCUUCGGGCGAUUAUAAGGGAGAGACGCAGAUGUUGUGUCAGUGGCCUAAGCGACCUCUUUGGAAGAACGACAAGAGCUUUGAGUGCGUCAAUGAUAAGAAGUCAAUCGAGAGUUGGACAUACAGCUUCAAUGCUUUCAAGAUUCCUGUAUAUUAG